GCCGGGGGUGGGGGCAGGGGGAGGGGGCACGGACUGCCAUGGCCAGUACAUAGGUGGCCGUCAGUGACAGUCACAGUGCGAGGAAGCUUGGUGCCGAGACAGUGCGACAGUCAGUGCAUUCCCAGGGAACCCCCAGUGCAUCAACGAGCAAAGGUAGACUCCGAUCGCCGUCAAGAUGGCCGACCGCUGCAAGAUGGACGUGUCGCCGAUCUCGGACAGAGUGAAGGCCAUCGCCGAGAAGGAGCUGCGGGAGACCCCCGAGCUGGCCCAGCAGUCCCUCGCCAAGCUCAGGGAGCUCAUCAAGGCCGACGGCAAGAUCCAGAUCAACGUGGACGACGACGCGCUGAUGCUGGUGUUCCUCAGGCCGUGCAAGUUCUACCCCGAGAGCGCACUUGACCUGAUCAAGCGGGUGCUGGAGUUCAAGGAGAAGAAUGCCUCCCUGCUGGCCGGCCUCAAGCCCGAGGGCGAGAAGGACGCCAUCCUCUCCUCCGACGUGGUCAACGUGCUGGUGGACCGCGACCAGAACGGCCGCCGCGUCCUCAUCAACAAGUGCGGCAGCUGCUGGGACCCCAAGAAGGUCACCUCCGACCAGAUCUUCAGGAUAUUCUACCUGAUCCACCUGGCCGCCAUGCUGGAGCCCGAGUCCCAGGUGUCCGGCGUGGUGGUGGUGCUGGACUUCGAGGGCCUCGGCAUGAAGCAGGUGGGGGUCUCGCCCACCUUCUCCAUGCGCCUGCUCAACUUCAUCCAGGACGCCAUGCCGCUGCGGCUCAAGGAGGUGCACAUCGUCAAGCAGCCCUUCCUCUUCAACAUGGUGUGGACCAUGUUCAAGCCCUUCGUCCGCGAAAAGCUCAAGGGCAGGCUGUACUUCCACGGCGACAAGAUGGCCUCCCUGCACAAGCACAUGGACCCCAACCACCUGCCCGCCGACUACGGCGGCAAGCUGCCCAAGAUGAACUACACCAGCGCCGACUGGUACCCCGAGAUCGAGAAGUGCAGAGCACACAUCGAAGCGUGGGACACCUACAAGCUCAUCAAGUAAGGGACCAGAGGGCCAGAGCAGGGCCGGGACUUCCGUCCGCCCGGCCGCCCCCACACCAAGACUGAGCAAAUACCAUUUAGGACCACAAGGCUCAAUAUUUAUGUGAACGAGUGCUCAAUGUACCGUACGAUGUACAAUGUACAGUAGCGUGCGGCGUUCCGCGCCGCACGAUCAUUGUGAUACAUUUUACGCGAAACCGUUUUCGUAAAACUACAAAACGUGAAACUAGUCUACUUCCGCUGCGUGGCAUGCGUGGCCUGCGUGCCCAGCCGAUGCCGUGCAGAAGCAGGGCGAGUCUCUCCCAGGCUCCUCCAAACUAUCGACAAAAAAUUGAAGAAAAUACCGAUAUUAUAUUAGUGUGAGACGGCCACGUUUCACCGUCCACUCGGGACGUGCAUGUCGAUGUUGCUCGUUCCCGCGCGCCUCCAUGACACCCCCAGCGGGUUUUGUAAAUAGCCAUUUUACCUAAGCCGAGGCGAGUUGAUAUUUUUAGAGCAGUAUUUAUGUUUUGAAAUAAACAUUACAAUAAGAGUC